GUUGUGUUAUUGCCAAGUUAUGGUAGUCUAGAAGGAAAAAAAAAACAGUUGGAACUGAAAGUCCCAGUUGUGGAAGAAAACAAGAUUGAGUUGUUUGCGUUAGGAAACCUUCUCAGUGCUGGCACGAGAUGCGUUCGAAAGGCUUCCAUCGAAUCUGUUUACUCAGCAUUUUAGUGGCUUUCUUCUGGUGCGUUUCCACCGCGGAGGAGGAAUACACAUGUCCGUACAGUAUUCACGUGAAUAAAGGACAGAUUAUCAAGGCAAGGGAAUCUGUGAGUAACGGUGCAAAGUUCCUGAAACAUUCAUAUGUUAAAGACGCUAAAGAAUGUUACAAGUUGUGUUGCGAGCGGAAAAACUGCGACCUGGCGCAAAUGCAAUACAAGAAUUCUACGGUUGGCUUCUUCCCGCAAAUAGAGAAAAUUUGUUACAUGUUUCACUGCGGCAAACCAAGUAAAUGUCAUUUUGGAGAACACGAUCACUACGCCACGAUAGCUUAUGACAGACCAGAUGAAGAAUUGACGCAUUUAGACACCAAUCAGGACGAGACUCCGUCAGUGAAAGUUGGCAAAGCAAAAUGGAAUUCGGCUAAGGAGUCGCAAUACAAACCGUCUGUUACCGAAGGCGAUGAUGAAGAAAAAGAUAUUGGAGUUAAACCUGACAAACCAUCCUUCAGACAACAUGUUAAGGAACAGGAACAUAAUCAAGAAGACAAAGAUUUAAGUAGUUCUUGGAAAUCUAGAAACGAAGAAGAAAAUGCCGAGCAUUCAAAGGCAGUUAAAGAGUUCGGAGAACCUUCAAAGACUGUGGAGGAAGAAAAAUUUUCAGAAAAGUCUAAAGAAUCUGAAAAACCAUCCUACCAAGAAGUGUUUAAGGAGCAUCUUGAAAUGCCCACAGAAUAUGUGCAAGUUAAGACCAAACAACCAAUUACGGUACAUGUACAAAAAGUCACGCAUAAACAGACAGUUCCAAAGCCCAGACAAGAAGAUCUAGAUAAAUCAGAUGCUGAUCUGGAACGAAAGCUUGAGGAACUUACACCAUCAAACAAUCACCAUCAAGAACCAGUUGGGCAUGCCGUGAAAGUGAUACCCACCAAAAAACCAACCACAUUUCAUCACUGGAGACAAUUUGUGGACAACAACCCUGAUUUUCCUUAUACGAUUCCGAUGGAGGUCAAGGAAACAACUGUAAAACCAACAACAAAGAAAUGGCAUAAGCCAAGUACACAACGUAGAACCACAACAAAAAUGACAACAAUGAAACAACCAGUUAGAACAGAACCGCCCAAGAUAACUGAGAAGCCAACGACAAAGACACCCGCGACACAGAAACCAAUGAUUCAUGAAGCACCAAAUAGCAAGCUUCCAAUGCUGGAAGUCCCAAUACAGAGCAAGAACAUUUCAGAUGUGGUUGUCAUUGAAACUCACAGACUGAAGAUUAUAGAGAACAAGGCUGUCCUUCCUCUUGCGAUAUUCCUUGUACUAGCUAUUCUACUUUUGUUUGUUGUGGCGCUGCGGCUCCGAAUUGUGAAGAGCAAGUUAAAGAGACGGCCAUUUGCUACGGAUGAUGCUGAUUACCUGAUCAAUGGGAUGUACUUGUAACAUCCAUAGUGACUCACUGUACAAGCUUUAAAUUAUGAAUAAGUUAGUCCUCUGUGAACUAGCAGAGUUUAAACUUGGGUAUCAGAAUAUUUAACUUGUCCACACAAUUACAUCACCCUGUAUUUCAUUAAUGAUCAUGUGACCAUAUAAAACACAUUUGGCAUUUGAUUAUUUUUAAGAAACAAGUUAUGGCUUGUUAUACAUUCAGUUAAACAAGACUUUUACUAGUUGGUUUCCAUCAGUGCUAAUAGCUGAGUUGACUAAUUUGCCAGAUAUAGUUCAUCUGUCAGGUGAAUGGGACCUUGAAGGAGCUCAGAUCAGUAUUUUUGCCACAUAGUAAGGAUGGAGAAGAUUGAUGUGGUUUACAGAUAACGAACUUGAACAAUUUAGGCUAAACUUUUCAAGAUGUGCAAACCGUGAGGUAGCUCCUUUAAAACUUGCAAUGUUCAAUCACUAUCAGGCCAUGGAGUCAGGAACUUUCAAGGUUUAGUUUGUAACCUGUUCUUAACGGUUCCUUUUUGGGAGAUUACACAACUUCAUAUAUAAAUUGCAUGCAUAGUGAUUCAACUACAGUAUAUUACUAUCAAUUUUUUCUUCAACUUUUCAAAGAAAGACGGAUUGAGAAGUUGAAGAAAUUUAGACUUAUCACCUCAUUUAAGCACCCUUAAUUUACCUACCUUCUCGUGUUAGUUAAUUUAACAUAAUUCAUUUAAAAUGUUCCACCUGAGGAUAACAUUAGUUAUUUAAGGUUGGAGUGCAUAAUCUUAAGUUAAAGCAGUAGUUUGCAAGAAGUUUAAAAAUUAAUGAUAAAGCAAAUUACCCACAAGAUUGAUGUAAGCAAUGCCUAGAAAAGUAAUCUUGCAGUCCAAGUUAUUUAGGAUGUUUAAUAAUUAUUAUGCCAAUGUAGUAAUACUAUUGCUGAAAUACUGACAGGGCUGUUGAAAUAUUUCGAGGAGUGUUCAGCACUUAACUUCAGUAGGGAAUGCUAAUGCUCUGAGCUUUGUUGUGAGAACCGUCUUCAUAAUUUAAGCAUUUUUGGAUUCUGUUUCAGAGAAAUAGAAAGUUAGCGAGAGCCUUCUCUUCUCAAAUUCACUAUAAAAACACAGUAUCAGACUUGCCACAAACUAUUUUUUCACAAGUGGUUGUCAAUUCCUUUCAUUGUAUAAAAACUGAUUCUUGUUAAAAAUUCAAAGUCCUCAGUUUUAGUCAUUGUCUUUGAUGCUGAAAUGAACAUGUCAAAUAACACAAGACUAGUUCUGUUCAGACUGAACAUUUCAGUGACCUUUUCUGAGUGAAGAAAGUAAUGUUUUUUUUUUUUGGCAUGUGACAAAGUUGGAGCAUAAGCAAGGAAAUAAAAGAUGAAUGCACAAAAUAUUGUUGUUGCAAAUGUCCAUUCUUUGAACGUAAAAUAAAUUAUCCAUGUUGGAAAUUUUGCUUUAAGUAAAAUGAAUACUUUCUUGGCAAAAUAAUCUGAUCCAGCACUUCAAUCUCGUGACUUAUCAAAUGGUAUGUGCAAAUAACUUAGAAAUUCUAACCACUGGGUUUUUAAAAAAUCAGGUUAAGAUGUAAAUAUAGUCAUACGUCACUGUAAAUUGUGAUUUCUGUGAUUUACUUUCUUGGUAGAAUUCAGUGUUAUUUGUUAGUUAUUAAUGUCCUAAAGAAAGAGGUUUCCAUUUAUGUAUUGUAAUAACAAAUGAGAAUUACAUGUAACAGUGUUAAUAAUAAUUCUCACUUGUUAGACUAGUCAUAACAUUAGACAACUUUAGUUACAUAUUCAUUGUGCAUUUUGGUGUGGGAGAACUGUGAAUUAAAAGGUGCUGUAGUAAUUUA